GGGGUAGCAGCUGCUGUGCUGGAUACGUAAUCUAGAUAAUCAAUUCAAGAUAAGAAACCAUGAGAGUGGAAACUGAUUCAAAUGUUAAUCACUCAAACCUGGAAGUGGAGCCUACCCAGACGUUGGAAGAUGGAGCAAUCAAACAUGUACCUGUCAAAAAGAAAACUUCCUGUUGCACUGGCUUGAAGGUGUUUCUCCUUGCUUUGUCAUUCAGCUACUUGUGCAAAACAUUAUCUGGAACAGUUAUGAAAAGUUCCAUCACUCAGAUAGAAAGAAGAUUUGAUAUUCCCUCCUCUGUAGCUGGCUUAAUUGAUGGAAGUUUUGAGAUGGGUAAUUUACUGGUGCUGGCAUUUGUAAGUUAUUUUGGAGCCAAAUUUCAUAGACCAAAAAUCAUCGCUUUGGGGUGUUGUAUUAUGUCAGCUGGAAGUAUUUUAACAGCAAUGCCUCAUUUCUUCAUGGGAUAUUAUAAGUAUGAAACAGCAUCGCAUGCAGUGUUGUCAGUCAACUCAACUUCAAGUCUCUCUCCCUGCUCAGUGGACCAAAAUGUAACUGGUGUCAGUGAAACCUUAUCAGAACAACCAGAUUCAGAUUGUGUAAAGGCAGCAGCAUCAUAUAUAUGGAUAUAUGUCUUAUUGGGCAACUUGUUACGUGGAGUUGGGGAAUCACCAAUAACACCGCUAGGAAUUUCUUACCUUGAUGAUUUUGCUAAAGAAGAAGAUACUCCUUUCUACAUAGCAUGUUUGCACACAGUAGCAAUGAUCGGGCCAAUAAUCGGCUACCUGUUGGGAUCGCUGUGUGCCAGCUUGUAUGUGGAUAUUGGAUUUGUGGAUCUAGGUAGCAUAACCAUAACUCCAAAAGACUCCCGGUGGGUAGGUGCAUGGUGGCUUGGUUUUAUUAUAGCUGGAAUAACUAAUCUCAUUGCUGCCAUACCAUUCUGUUUCCUGCCAAAGAGUCUCAAAAAGCAGAAGGAAGAGAAUAAUGACAACAUUUCAUCUGAUCUCUCCAAAAUUAAAGGAGACCAGAGCAGGCAUCACAAAUCUGAAAAUCAUCAGCCAGUCAAGUGGUCAGUAAUUUCAAAAGGUUUCUUUAUCUCUCUGAAAAGAGUAUUGAGUAAUAGAAUUUAUGUAACAUUUUUGUGUUGUUCACUGUUACAAUUCAGUAGCUUUAUUGGUUUCUUGACUUACAAACCAAAAUACAUGGAACAACAGUAUGGUCAGUCAGCAUCUAAGUCUAACUUUGUAACAGGAGUAACUGCUUUACCUGCUGUAAGCAUUGGGAUUUUCUUAGGAGGGCUCAUAAUGAAGAAAUACAAAAUGGGCAUGAUUGGAGCUACAAAAUUUGGAUUUGGGAUGUCACUGACGGCUUUUCUCAUAACCCUGACACACUUUUUUGUGGGCUGUGAGAACCAUGUGGUGGCAGGACUGACGGUAUCUUAUGAUGGCAAACCAGUUGCACGUCAUGAAACCUCCUUAUUUUCUGUCUGCAACUCUGACUGCAAAUGUGCCACGAACCAGUGGGAUCCUGUCUGUGGAGACAAUGGAAUCACGUACAUAUCAGCUUGUCUUGCUGGAUGCAAGGCUUCGACAGGACAUGGGAAGAACAAGGUGUAUCAUAACUGCAGCUGCAUGGAAAUUACAGAUUCACAAUCAGGAAAUACCUCUGUAAUUUUGGGACAAUGUCCAAAAAGUGAUGACUGCUCAAGAAAGUUUAUUUAUUAUACAGUAAUACAAGUUAUAAGUGCCUUUUUCCAUGCUUUAGGAGGCACCCCUUUAUACGUGACUAUGUUUAGGUGUGUUCACCCAGAGCUAAAAUCUCUUGCAGUUGGUCUGUACACACUGAUUAUCAGAGCCCUAGCCGGAAUUCCAGCCCCCAUUUAUUUUGGUGCAUUAAUAGACAGGACAUGCUUGAAAUGGGGAAGCAGCAGCUGUGGGCACCGAGGAGCUUGUAGGAUAUAUGAUUCUGAUGCAUACAGGUAUACCUACCUUGGCCUAAUAGCAGGCCUCAGAUUACCAUCCUACUUCUUAGCUUUCCUGUUUUAUACAAUGGUAAAGAAACAGUACCAAGCAAAGGACCCCAAAUCCACAGAAAAUGGCGGGCAAGAAAGUGUUCCUAUGAACAAAGAAGCUAACUCAAAGAGCAAUGAAUAUUUAUCAAGUUCUUCUGUUGUGGAAAGAGAAUCACGUAUUUAGAAAAACCACUUACACCCAUGUUGCAUGAAUCGGGACAGCAUCUUUUAAAAUCAACUUGCAGAAUGUCCUGAACAAAACAAUAAUACUGCUCAGAAUGAAAAACCAGAAUGAACACAUAGUCAAUGACAAGGGCAGCUAGGUGCACAUAUGAUUUAUAUUUAACUAGCUUAUAUGAACCUGCUUAUCAAUGACACACAACAAAUUCCAUUAAUUAACUAAUGAAGGAAAAUCCUGUUUGGCAUAGUUAAUUGCAACUGUUUGUCAUUUUUAAAUGGCUUGAAUGUGGUUUCUGGCACAGUAACUGCAUUCCAAAUACUACACUGGAAGGCCCAAGUCCUGCCCACAGAUCCACCUGUACUGAGUCCCAUUGAAGUCAAAAGGACUUUGCAUAGUUGUAAGGGUCUGCACAGUACAGUAAGAAGCUAGUGUAGUUUUCUGAACUCUGGCCUGCCAGUGAAUAUCUAGGUGGAAGGCCCAAACCCUCUUUUUCCUCUGUGUCCUCAGGGACACAACUUGAAAAUCAUAUUUCCAACUGAAAAUGUUGUGCCUACUGACAUUGUAUGGAGAGCUGGUCAUAAAAUGGAAUUUCUGUUCCAUCAGAAACUCCAGCAUUUCAAGUUUUGCUUUCAUCCUGAAUUGGAACAAAAAGUUGAUAUUUUAAGAUUUUGACUGUGAAAUGAAAAUUUCAAAAUGUUGUUUAGGAAACAUCAAAACAACCAUUUAGAAACAUUUUGU